AUGGAGGGCCAUUUCGAAGAAUUUCGCAACGCCUACAAGGCCAGGUCGGGAUACUCACUCGCACAAACACUCCAGCCUUUCAGUCCGGUCAACAAGCCAGACAAGCUACGCUCCAUCUGGCUGGGCACAAACAGCCAAGAUGUCAAGAACGACGUCAAGUACAUGCUGCUCGGGCGAUCAUCUGGAUCUCGGAAAUUCAAGCUUGACUACGAGGAGACAAACGGCUGGGUGGAAGUGUAUUCGGCAUACUGGAAGGCUAUUGGCGAGAUUCUCAAGGUAGAGGGCGACUCCAGCGCUGGAGGUAGGUCAUCAUCGUGGACCAAGGUCUAUGAGGCAUGGAAGGAGCUUACCACCGCACUCAUCCGUGGCUACACCAACUAUGGAUUCGAGGCGUGGACGAUACCGUGUCUCUACACCGCCGGCAAGCACUUGCGACUUUUUGCCAUUAGCUCAGACGAGGAACGUAACAACACCGAUGCGAACGCCAACGCGAUGGAGCUUGGCGACGACUUUGACCCUGAUUUGGAGAAGCAGAAACAGCUGCGUGAUUGUGAACAGCAACUGAAGCGCAUUUUCACGUUGUGCCUAAGUGAUAGAGCGCCCCUCGAAGACUCAAGGAAAUGGGCCAUCUACUACAUCAUCAACCUCCUCUUCAAGACUUAUUUCAAGCUCAACUCUGCCAGUCUUAGCAGGACUAUUCUGAAAGCUUUGUCAACAAAUCGCGGAGACAUGCCUCCUCUGGAGGCUUUCCCCAAGUCCCAACGGGUGACGUUCAAGUUCUAUGAAGGUGUUUUGUUCUUCUUGGAGGAGAACUACGUCGAAGCUGAGAAGCACCUGACCGAGGCCUGGUCCCUGUGUCAUAAAGACGCUAAGAGCAACCAAGAGCAAGUCAUCACAAACCGUCCUGGCCCAGCACAACCGCUAACUUCAAGCAGGAGGAUUCUCACCUAUCUCAUCCCAUGCCACCUCCUCACAACGCACACACUCCCAAACAGCAGACUUCUCGAGCCCUUCCCCCGCCUGCAGAAGCUCUUCCUGCCGCUCUCUAACUGCAUUCGCAAAGGCGACCUCCGCAACUUCGAUCUAGCCCUGCAAGAAGGAGAAGAGGAAUUCGUCCGCCGCCGCAUCUACCUGACCCUCGAGCGCGGCCGCGAUAUUGCCCUACGCAACCUACUUCGCAAAAUCUUCAUCGCCGGUGGCUUCGAGAAGGCCAAGGAGCCCGGCGCCCCUCAGCUUCGCCGCACCAGAGUCCCUGUCGCUGAGUUCGCGGCCGCCAUCAGCCUCGGCAGUCAAGAGACUGUGGACCCAGACGAGGUCGAGUGCCUGCUGGCUAACAUGAUUUACAAGAAUCUUAUGAAAGGCUACAUUGCGCGAGAGCGCGGUAUCGUCGUCCUGUCCAAGAACGGUGCUUUCCCCGGCACAGGGGUAUAG